AUGCUCCUUCUUCAAGCUCAUCCUCACAACACUCCUAACAUUCCUCCUCAUCAUCAUCCCAAACGAUGCACUAUCAGCAUCUGCGCUACCCAAAAGCCAGCAAAUGCUGUAUCUUUUGAACAUACUGUUGUUGCAACCCCAGCAACUCCAUCAGCCGUCGUGAGUAAUACCACCUUACAAUCACACAGCUUGAAAGCUAUCACUACACCUGCGCCAGAUGAGAUUCGUACUGCGGCGAUUAGUACAGCUCAUACAGCUGCUGUAUCCCAUCACCUUGGAGCCGCGCCAGCAAAAGCUUUACGAGGCGGGGAUACAACAAAGCACAGACUCCAUCACACGACCGCGUCGUAUCCUUCUACGGGUCAGGAUACCUGCCAGAAGAUACUCCAUGCUCUGGUCUCUCUACGUGGGAAGAAUCUGACUAUGAUUGCUACCAGCACUCAUAAACAUGAUAGUGGCGGUAGUGCUGGAGAGAAGAAGGUUGCUAAAGGUGGUGGCAAGAGUUGUACUCAUUACCUUGGUGAUGGUGUGUUGGAUGUGAAGGUUGCUGGACAUCAAGGUCUAUAG